CCAAGUAAAACAGCACAAAACCCACAUUCUGCACUGCGUGUGAAGCGCGAGAGCAGGUUCGAGCAGUUGCACAGCUGACAAGAAUCUUGAAUUUUGUCAAGUUUUCACACUAUUUCCCCAUUUGAUGGAAAUCUGAAGAAAUGAAUGAAGGCUGGCUCGAGCUCGAGAGUGAUCCAGGGCUGUUCACACUACUAGUUGAAGAGUUUGGUGUACAAGGAGUUCAGGUGGAAGAGAUCUAUGACCUGCAGAAGCCGAUUGAGGGCCCCGUCUUUGGCUUCAUCUUCCUGUUCAAAUGGAUCGAGGAGAGGCGUGCCCGGCGGAAGGUGCAGAACAACGGCGAGGAGGUGUACCUGACAGAUGCCCAGGUCACCAAGGAGAUGUUCUUUGCCCAUCAGAAAGUCCCCAAUUCCUGUGCUACUCACGCCCUACUGAGCGUACUCCUGAACUGUGACUCCAUUGAGCUGGGCAGCACGCUCAGCGACCUGAAAGAGUACACCAAAGACUUCAGUGCCGAGAACAAGGGCUUCGCCAUAAGCAACGUUCCCGAGCUGUCUAGGAUCCACAACUCACACGCCCACCCGGAGCCCCGGCAGAUACCGGAGAAGCAGACAGGGAUCUCCACCACCCGAGCCCGGGAGACCUUCCACUUUGUCAGCUACGUGCCCAUCAACAACCGGCUGAUCGAGCUGGACGGACUCAAGCCCCACCCCAUUGACCAUGGACCCUGGGGAGAGAACGAAGACUGGACGGAGAAAUUCCGGCGAGUGAUUGGGGAGAGGCUGGACAACGAAGGUGGGUCAUCAGACAUUCGGUUCAACCUGAUGGCUGUAGUCGGAGACAGAUGCCAGUCUUACGAGCAGAAGCUGGACACACUCAAGAAUAAUAAGCAAAUCAUACUGGACGCUCUGGAUCAACUGAUUCGGGCAACCCAUCCGCAUCUGUUCCUCGACGGAAAACCCAAUCCCAACUCCUCAGCAACCGCCUCCGUACCCAAACUUGAGACCUUGGACCGCCAGCCCACGGCCUGCCCCUCGCCCAGCCCCGACCCCCACGGCCAGCCCUCUCCCCAGGGCCCCUCAGCCAGCAGGCGAUCCUACUCCAGAGAGCUGCCGGACCCGGACUGGGAUCCCUCGCAGGAGCAGGGAGGCGGCGGCGGUGGCCCCCGGAAGGAAAAGAAGAAAAAAAAAAAGAAGAAAAAGCACAAGAAACACAAGAAGCAUUCCAAGAAGUUGAAGGUGCAGGAGAGCAUUCAGCAGUACAGGCUACCGCCAGCACUCGACAACCACAAUUAUGCCAAAUCGCCACUCAUGUCAGAUGAAGAUGUUUCAGCUGCUUCCUCCACAUCUUCCACUAGCGAGUCCGAGAGUAACUACCUGACGGACGACGAAAGUGACGAGGAGAUGCCUCCCAGCAUAGCCACCCAACCUGAGGUAGGCUACAGAAUGGAGGGCAUCUUGAAGAAACAGUCCUCUCUCGAUGACGUGGAGAGGGGCGAGUCAUCCUCCCUGCGGGUGACGUUCAGAGAUCCCCGGAGGCAAAUGGAGGACAACCCCGGGCGGGACGUGUGCCGGCCGCUUAGCAUCCAGACGGUGUUCGACAGCAAGGAUAGCCCCUCCCCGGCGUCCUCCAGCGGCACCAGCACAGACACGGCCUCGGAGCUGGGCAGCGCCUUCAACUCGCCCGUCUGCUCGGUGUCGGGCUCGCGGGCCAGCAGCCCCAACACUGCCAAGGUGCUGAAGUUCCGGUGCUGGAAGGCCAGCACCAUCACGGACGCCAGAGAGAAGCUCCAGGCGUCCAUCGCUGCUGACCAGCUGGAAACUAAACAUUCCACAAACGCGGUCAAAUCGCCCCAUGAGAGAAUGGCGCAGACAAGACGAUCGACUGUAAAACUUAUCGAAGGGGAUGGGUCAGCUGCCUCUACCAACUCCAAUCCGUUGAGACAAGGGGGGACUUUUCUGGAGCCUGCUCCAGCCCAACCCAGCCCCUCCUCGCUUCUCUCCCAACAUGGCAAGCCACCUUUUGCACAAAACGAUCUGUUGGAGCUCCUGAAGAGCGUGGAGGCAGAGAUUGACGUCUAUGAACAGAAACUGCUGGACGAGAAGGAGAAGAGGAACAAGUACAAGGUGGACGACUGCCGCCGCUCCCACAACUACGACCCCUUCAUCCGCACCUUCCUGGCCAUGCUGGCCGAGCAGGGCAAGCUGGCCAGCCUGGUGGAGAAGCACGCCCUGAUCAAGCGCAGGCAAGGGGUCAGCCUGGGCCGCCUCAACAAGAAGACCAACAGCCGCAAGAGAGACCGGCGACGCCGGAAGUCGCGCCCGGGCUCGGUGCCCGCCAAGAAAAGAAAAAUACGCUGAGGAAAAUGUUCCUUUAUUUUCUAAAGAGUGGACUGAAGGAUCUGUUAAGCAGGACUGUUGGGUCCAGUGGGGUUUUUAAACAUACAGAUAUCAAUUUUUCUACAUUCGUUGGUAUGUUCUUAACCUCGUCAUGCCAGGGAAUGUGUUUUUAACCCAGGUCUGGCUAUCUGUAUACACGGGCUUGGCUAAUGGGUUAAGUGGCAAGUGUGCCUCUACUCACCUGUGGCUAAUGUUUAAAUACUCUCUCACCCAUUUAUGAUCUACACAGUCACGUGCGAAGUCUGAGAAGUGUGUAAAGGCGGACCGUGUGUUAAACUUGAACCGGGCUGCUCCUCAUGGCCUGCACUUGAUGUUAUUUGCAGAUAUCACUCUGUGGAUGUCGCCCUGGAGUGCUGAAAAACAGAAGGUUGAGGUGUCAGAAAUGCUGCACCCAGUACUGUGCAAGGGACCCUUGCGGAUCGGUAUUUGUGGCAUGUGGCUGAACAUUUGAAAUUGAAAUUUUGAAAUAAUGCCCUGCCCAAGUGAUUAAAUUAGCUCAGUAAGAUUUGUUGUUGUCUAUGAUAAUGUUGAAAACUUGUAGCUCAUGCCCCGCUCAAGUUCUGCACCAUGCGGAACAGACAGAUUGUUUCCCGGCUGUAUGACUUUUGCCACCCUGCAGCGAUCCAUCCAUUGUUUACGAAUAAAAGUCGCCAGCCCUAGGUUGUCUCCAGUGUGGUUUUUUUUUUCAUAAUUUCGGCUUGAAGCUUAUGCAGUAAAGUUGAAUAAACCAUUGCCACAUGAAGAGGUGCACAGUCCUGAACCAA